AUGUCGUUCGGUGUUACUAAUGCUCCAGCUAUAUUUAUGGAUUACAUGAACCGUAUAUUCAGACCGUUUUUAGAUAAAUUUGUUGUUGUUUUUAUUGAUGACAUACUUAUUUAUUCUAAAACUCAUGAGGAGCAUGAGGAUCACCUUAGAACAGUGCUCGGUUUGCUGAGGGAAAAGAAGCUUUAUGCAAAACUGUCUAAGUGUGAAUUCUGGAUGAAGGAAGUGCAGUUUUUGGGUCAUGUAAUCUCAGCGGACGAUAUUUAUGUGGAUCCUGCAAAGGUACAGGCAGUGCUACAGUGGGAAAGACCCCGUUCGGUCAUUGAGAUAAGGAGCUUUGUGGGAUUAGCGGGCUACUAUAGGUGGUUCAUUGAAGGAUUUUCCAAGAUUGUAGCGCCGUUGACUCAGUUGACCAGGAAAGAUCAACCUUUUGCAUGGACCGAUCGGUGUGAAGUUAUCUUUCAAGAGCUAAAGCAAAGGUUGACGAACGCUCCUGUGUUAGUAGUUCCUGAUACAGGAAAAUAUUUUGAAGUAUUUUGUGAUGCCUCUUAUCAUGGUUUGGGUUGUGUAUUGAUGCAAUAUAGAAGAGUGGUUGCUUAUGUUUCUCGGCAGUUGAAGAUUCAUGAGAAGAACUAUCCAACCCAUGACUUGGAAUUGGCAGUGUGGUAUUUGCUUUGA